AUGGCGACUCAACGUGGGCGUCCUCCUGUACGGGAGGGCGAAAAGGAGCCCCUCGAUCUCGAUGCGAUCAAGAGCCAAUUCGACAUCUCCAACUUUGACCUCAAUGCCAUCAUCCGCGGCAUCCAGCUCACCUUUGUUGGUGCGAAUCGAGCUCUGCAAAACCAAGAAAUCUUCACCAACAAGCAUUACAAGCAAGCCGCCUAUGCCGUGGCCGCUGGCCUCGUGAUCCGACUAGCCAUUGCCAUUCCUAUCUUCCUUGUCAAGGUCUCCCUCUGGUUUCUCUCCUUCUUCGUCUCCAUGCAGGAGGCGACAUGGGACGAUACCCUGAUCCAAGGACUCGACUUUAUUGCCGAAUACGUUUUGCAGGUGCCCUUCUUCCUCAUGGUCCUCAUGCGCUACGUUAGCCCUACCCUCGAUAAUCUCUUCAUGGAUUCCCUGCGCUGGGUCGACAUCACAUACGUCCAAAAACACAAAAACGAGCGCCCCGCCUCCCUACGACCCCUCUACUACCCCAACCUCAAGCAAUACCGCCUCACCGACGGCUCCACCCACAACACCUCCCUCGCCGACCGCAUCUCCGUCUUCGUCUACCGAUUCGCCAAGCGCGGCUUCGUCUCCCUCGUCGUCUACGCUCUGCCCGGCCUCGGCCCUCUUUGCCGCGGGCCUCUUCCUCCCCGCGCCUGGCUCGUCGUCUUCUUGCAGACCUAUUUUUCUACGCGCAGCCUCAUGCGCGAGCUGCUCGAGCCCUACUUUGCCCGCAUCCACUUCACCUCGGCCCAGAAGAAGCAGUGGUUCCACGCCCGCGCCGGCCUCCUCUUCGGCUUCGCCCUCGCCUUCAACGUCCUCGUCCGCGUGCCCCUCGUCGGCGUCCUCGUCUACGGCGUUGCCGAGGCUUCCACCGCCUACCUCCUCACAAAAAUUACCGACCCCCUCCCCCACCCCAGCGCCAGGCUGGCUUCGCCGAGAGCCAGACCGUGUGGAAGAACAAGCAAAAGUUCCUGGGCCUCUCUCUCCAACCUCGACGCUCUGCAGACGGCUCCGCCCUCGCCUCCCAUCUCUACGGCGGCGUCGACCGGCAUCGACCUCGGGACUGCUGCGUCAUCAUCCGAGGAUCCGCCUUUGAGCGAGCUCCCCUCGUACGAGGAGGCCAUGGCUUCGUUGAGGGUACAAUCAAAUUAA